AUGGCUGGUUUGGAAAGUUUGAUUGUCUUGGAACGUGGCUUGGUUACCGCCGCGAGGAAUCCACCGUGCAAGAUUGGAAAUAUCGGGCAAGGUGUUCCCGACAAUGAACCAAUUUUUUACUCAAAAAUUUUCCGACUUUUCCGUCAAUCGAAAUCUCUUUUCGUUUCAGGCCUCAAAUACCUUCACUCAGCCAGAAUCCUGCACAGGGACAUAAAACCAGGGAACUUGCUCGUGAACAGCAACUGCGUGCUGAAGAUCUGCGACUUCGGUUUGGCCCGAGUGGAAGAACCGGAUCAGAACAAGCACAUGACUCAGGAAGUGGUGACGCAGUAUUAUCGCGCGCCGGAAAUCCUGAUGGGGGCGCGACACUACACAGCAGCUGUGGACGUUUGGAGCGUUGGUUGCAUUUUUGGCGAGCUCCUUCGUCGACGGAUCCUCUUCCAGGCACAAAGUCCCGUGCAACAGCUGGAAUUGAUCACAGAAUUGCUGGGCACGCCGACCCUCGAGGACAUGAGGUUCGCAUGCGAGGGUGCGAGAUCGCACAUGCUGAGGCGCGCGCCGAAACCGCCCUCGUUGACGGCCCUCUACACCCUCAGCAGCCAGGCGACGCACGAGGCCGUCCAUUUGCUCUGUCAGAUGCUAGUCUUCGAUCCUGACAAGAGGAUCACCGUGGUGGAUGCACUGGCGCAUCCUUAUCUGGACGAGGGGAGACUGAGAUAUCAUUCGUGCAUGUGCACGUGUUGUUACACGACCAGCGGCGGCCUCAGACAGUACACGGGGGACUUCGAGCCGGCCACUUCACAUCCGUUCGACGAUCUCUGGGAACGGAAACUGACCACCGUUCAGCAGGUGAAAGAGGAAAUGCACAAAUUUAUAGCGGAACAGCUGAACACGUCGCGCGUGCCGCUCUGCAUAAAUCCGCAGUCUGCGGCGUUCAAGAGCUUCGCAAGCUCCACGGUGGCUCAUCCCUCGGAACUGCCACCAUCUCCUCACCAGUGGGAAUAAAAAUCGUCUCCGAAAUCGCGAACGCUGAUGAUGACGAGUACUCGCUUCACACGAAGAUGCACGCUGAAGAAUUCCCGACAGCCUGAAGAAAAAGAAGAAGAAGAAGAAGAAGGAGAAGAAGGAGAGAGUGAAAGAGAGGGACUUAGAAUGUAAAUGGACGAACGCGUGUGAAACGAGAAGAUAGGACAGAGAGAGAGAAAGAGAGAAAGUUACAGGCCAGGGAAAGAGGUAAAGAGGAAAGAAGAGCGAAUUCGGAGAAAAAGAAAAAGUAGAGGACAAUGAAGAAGAAGGAGAAGAAGAGCCAAGAGAGACAAUAGACUGCCGAGCACUGAAGCUUCAAUUUUCGACUAGCUGAUAUGUAUAUACAUAGACACGUAUAUGUAUAUAGAUAUCUAUAAAUAUAUAUUAUACAUACCGCUGUAUACAUAAGAGAGGGAGCCUAGGGAGAAGAGUGUGGAUCGACACACACGAGGAAAAGAAA